UGUUCUUCCUUCCAAUCCCCACAGUUCUUGCAGAAGCCAUUCCCUGUCAAAUUCAACAUUGGAUCUCCCUCGUUCACUCUCCCAUGCCCCACAAUUCUUGCAGAAGCCAUUCGCUGUCAAAUUUAACAUUGGAUCUCCCUCGUUCCAUGUAAUUGAUCGAAAGAACAGAGGAAUUGAUCUGAAAUACCUGAGUUUCUUCUUCUUGAUUCCUUCCAAGCUCGAGCAAUUCCUGUUAGAUUUUCGAUUAACAAUUACAAGGUUGUUUCGAUUCUCCAGAUUUCGAUCAGAUGUCGAUAGUUGAGGAUGGCCGUAGCCUGGCAGGCUAUACUCUGGACGACGUUCUGGCUAACAAUAGAUUAGGGCCACCGGCCGCUUCAAGGGCCGCUGAAAUCCGCGGCAGAACGCUGCUGGAUAUAAUCCGCGACGAGGAGCCCAGCGUCGGCAAGGGGCUUUUCGGAAAGGACAGAAGGACUUGGAAGUCCUUUAGGGAUAAGCUCCGGCUGAAGCGCGCUGGCUCUGCUUGGGUCUCGACGGUUCCGAUUCCGACCUCCGAUAUUCCUGUUCAAGACAAGCGAUCUACAGCCGGAAAGCGAAAUCAAGUCCGUUUCAGCGCGUCUCCGUCUAAAAACUCCGCCGAUUCUUCAACUCGUCCGUCUGAAGAAUCUUCCAAAUCCACUCGCCGUCAGAUGUCUCGACAGACUUCCAGAUUGAACAACCCGAACGAUGCGUCCGCGUUCCAUUACGAUGAGUCCUUCGAUUACUCAUCAGUUCCAGAUGCAGCGCCGAAUCGAGCCAUGAGACCGCAAAUGUCGCGCCGUAACUCAAUCCGUGUCUCUGCAAUGGACUACACGGAUCCAACGGAACCAGAUCGCGAUAACAGAGCUCGACACUUCAAUUUCUCAGAGUCGAGAAUGAUGUCCGCUAGAGAAGCCGUAGCAGCACAAGAAGCAGCCGAUGCAGCAGCAGCCGCCGCGGAAGCUACAGAAAAAGACAAUGAACAAAACGAGAACAACGAGAAGGAAGACGAAAACGAAAACGAGAAGGAAGACUCAACAACCGCAUCGGAGAAGGAGAAGAAGGAGGAGGAGGAGGAGGAGGAGGAGGAGAACUCACCGUCGUCUGAGCCGGUAAGGAUAUCGCUGAUGGACCUAUUGCACGAGACGGAUAAGGAAAUGGGAUUCGGAGGAUCGACUUACGGAAUGGGAUUUGGAGAAGAUUUCUUCGACGACGACGAUGACGACGAAGACUACGAUGAAGAUGAAGACGACGGGCAUGGCGGAGAAUUCACCUGCUGCGUUUGCAUGGUGAAGCAUAAGAACGCGGCAUUGGCGCCAUGCGGGCAUACAUUUUGCAGGCUGUGUUCGAAGGAAUUCAUGGUUAGCCGCGGGAACUGUCCCACUUGCAGCGAUUUCAUCUUGGAAAUCCUCGACGCUUUUUGAUUCUGAUUUUGAAACUCAUUUCUUUGAUCAUUUGAUGAGGAUUUGAAGAUGCUCAAAUUUGAGUAGAGAUAUCAUUUUGCGCCCACAAAGAUUAGUUGUUGUAAAAUAUCCCUCAAGAAUUUCAAUCUUUGUAUUCACAAAGUGUAUAUCAUCAAUCUUUGCCUACUACUCUA